CAGGGCGCUGCAUUCCGCAGGCGCUGCGGGGCCGCCUCCGCCCCUGCCUCCUCCCCGCGGCCGCCCCGGCCGCUCCGGGGGAUGUUCCGCCGUUCCUCCGCCGCUCAAGCCCCGGUCCCGGUCCCGGCUCUUCGCAGGCUGCCGCCGGGGCUGCUCCGACCCCGCACCGCCCGCGGGUGCCGGUCCCCAGCGAGCCCCCUCCUCGCCCAGCGCCCUGCGCCAUGGCCCCGCUCCUCCUGCCGUGGGUGCUGCUGGUGUUGUUGGGCUCGCUGCUCCCCGGGCAGGGCUUGCAGGCCAACCCUAUGUUGGCUUCCGAGCCUUCUCGGAGACACCCGGUACCGGUACCGGGAGGGGAAGCCGGGGGUAUAACGGCCGCGCCGCCGCCGGCAACGGCUCAGGAGAUGUACCCGCUGCACAAGCAGCCGGCCAACCACUCGGGUGAGGGGCACGCCAAGACCCGCAAAGCCUUCCCCGUGCUGGGCAUCGACUACUCGCACGUCCGCAUCCCCUUCGAGAUCUCCCUCUGGAUCCUGCUGGCCUGCCUGAUGAAGCUGGGUUUCCAUGUCAUCCCCUCGGUGUCCAACAUCGUUCCCGAGAGCUGCCUGCUCAUCGUGGUGGGCCUCCUGGUCGGCGGGCUCAUCAAAGGGGUGGGCGAGAAGCCCCCCAUCCUCAGGUCCGAGAUCUUCUUCCUCUUCCUCCUCCCGCCCAUCAUCUUGGACGCUGGCUAUUUCCUCCCCCUGCGCCAGUUCACCGAGAACCUGGGCACCAUCCUCAUCUUCGCCGUGGUGGGGACGCUCUGGAACGCUUUUUUCCUGGGCGGGCUGAUGUACGCCGUGUGCCAGAUCGGCGGCAGCGGCCUCAACCACAUCGGCCUCCUAGCCAACCUCCUCUUCGGCAGCAUCAUCUCGGCCGUGGACCCGGUGGCCGUGCUGGCUGUCUUUGAGGAGAUCCACAUCAACGAGCUGCUGCACAUCCUGGUCUUCGGGGAGUCCUUGCUGAACGACGCCGUCACCGUCGUCCUCUACCACCUUUUCGAGGAGUUUGCCAACUUUGAGCAGGUGACCAUUAUCGAUAUCAUCCUCGGCUUCCUCAGCUUCUUCGUGGUGUCCCUGGGCGGCGUCUUCGUGGGCGUCAUUUAUGGGGUGAUUGCUGCCUUCACCUCCCGCUUCACCUCCCACAUCCGAGUCAUCGAGCCCCUCUUCGUCUUCCUCUACAGCUACAUGGCCUAUCUCUCUGCUGAGCUCUUCCACCUCUCUGGCAUCAUGGCGCUCAUCGCCUCCGGCGUGGUCAUGCGACCCUACGUGGAAGCCAACAUCUCCCACAAGUCCCACACCACCAUCAAGUAUUUCCUCAAGAUGUGGAGCAGCGUGAGCGAGACCCUCAUCUUCAUCUUCCUGGGUGUCUCCACCGUGGCCGGCCAGCACUACUGGAACUGGACCUUUGUCAUCAGCACGCUGCUCUUCUGCCUCAUCGCGAGGGUUUUAGGCGUCCUGGUCCUCACCUGGUUCAUCAACAAGUUCCGAAUUGUGAAGCUGACGCCGAAGGAUCAGUUCAUCAUCGCCUACGGGGGGCUGCGGGGAGCCAUCGCCUUCUCCCUCUGCUACCUCCUCGACUACGAGCACUUCGACAUGAGGGACAUGUUCCUCACGGCCAUCAUCACGGUGAUCUUCUUCACGGUCUUCGUGCAGGGCAUGACCAUCCGGCCCUUGGUGGACCUUCUGGCUGUGAAGAAGAAGCAGGAGACGAAGCGCUCCAUCAACGAGGAGAUCCACACACAGUUCCUGGAUCACCUUCUGACGGGGAUUGAGGAUAUCUGUGGCCACUAUGGGCAUCACCACUGGAAAGACAAGCUGAACCGCUUCAACAAGAAGUACGUGAAGAAGUGCCUGAUUGCAGGGGAGCGCUCCAAGGAGCCCCAGCUCAUCGCUUUCUAUCACAAGAUGGAGAUGAAGCAGGCAAUCGAGCUGGUGGAGAGCGGGGGUUUGGGCAAGAUCCCCUCUGCUGUCUCCACGGUCUCUAUCCAGAACAUCAACCCCAAGACCCUGCCCGUGGAGCGCGUCAUCCCAGCCCUGUCCAAGGACAAGGAGGAGGAGAUCCGGAAAAUCCUUCGCAACAACCUGCAGAAAACCAGGCAGAGGUUGCGAUCCUACAACCGGCACACGCUUGUGGCCGACCCCUACGAGGAAGCCUGGAACCAGAUGCUCCUGCGGAGGCAGAAGGCCCGGCAGAUGGAACGAAGGCAGGCGAACUACCUGACGGUGCCGGCUCACAAGCUCGACUCGCCCACGAUGUCCCGGGCUCGCAUAGGCUCAGAUCCGCUGGCCUACGAACCCAAACCGGACUCGGAGAACCUGCCCAUCAUCACCAUCGACCCGGCCUCCCCGCAGUCCCCGGAGUCCGUGGACCUGUCGAAUGAGGUGCCCAAAGGCUGCAGCGGCCUGCCGCCCUCGCCCGAGGAGGACGAGGAGGGGCUGGUGAUGAGGGUGAAGGAGCCUUCCUCCCCGGGCACUGACGAUGUCUUCACCCCGGGGACCAGCGACAGCCCCAGCAGCCAGCGGAUGCUGCGGUGCCUGAGCGACCCGGGGCCUCGGCCGGAGCCGGAGGAGGGGGAGCCCUUCAUCCCCAAGGGGCAGUAGCGCGUGAAGCCUCGCGCGUCUCCGUCUGGUUUCUCUCUCUCUCUUCGUUUGUUCUUCUCUCUUUGACCUCCCCCCCCCCCCCCUUUUUUGGUUCCUCUAUCACUACACGCUGGGUUCUGGAAGGAGAGACCAUCCCGGACAGACGGGGACUGCCCACAUGGCUCUGCCCAGCAAGCCAUGGACCGGCCCCGAGGAGCAGGAUGGAGCCCCUGGGACGGCAGGCGGUGGAGGGGACGGGGGCACCCGGCACCGCCUGCCUGCUGUGCCCUGGGGGUGACGGACAAUCUCCCAGGGCCUGGGACUUGCCAGGCCUGGGCAGGGCUUCCCCAGAGGCUGCCCCCAGCGCCGCCCCCACCUGCGUUGACUCAGGACCAAGCGAGCGGCUCCUCAGGGUGGCUCUGGCAAGCGCAGCGUGGGCUCUGGCUGGAGAACUCGGGGUGUCCGCGGGGGCUGCCUCGCAGCACGGCUUUGCCUCUCCUUUGCUUCGCUUUUUAUCUGCCUCCUCGCCUCGAUCCUGGA